AUGGAUCCGCUUUCCGUGUCCGCCAGCAUUAUCGCUGUCGCAACAUUGGCCGGUCAAGUCUGUACGGUCAUUGCCGAGUUGCGGUCCAUCUGCAAGAGCCUGCCGGGCAGGCUCCAUGCUGUGAAUAAUGAGGUUGCUGAUCUCGAACUCGUCCUCUCGCAGAUGUCCUUGAUCAUAAGGAACCGAUCUUGCCUAGCGGAAUCCAAUGCCUCCACAAUCCCGCAUCUCUUGCUACAAGCAAGGGCAAAGCUGAGUGAGAUAGAGGCCAUCGUCCGGCGGCUGACCGCCAUCAAUGCGAGUUCGAGGUACCCUCUCGCGGGCGCCAGCGCAUGGCGAAAAGAGCAGGGCGCGUUGCAGAUAUUGCAAGGGGAUCUUCGAACUAUCAAAUGCAGCUUGAAUAUCAUGCUUGGUGCAUCCAACUCGCAGGACAUGAUGAGAAUUCGUUUGGAUAUUCAGACCAUCUCGUCCGUCACGGCCAAGUCCUCCCAAGAGCAACUCGUGAUUAGUGACAAGUUUCUGACCACUCUCGCCGGUGUUGACGAUCGCAUUGCCAGGGUUGAGGAUAUACUUCAAAAGCAGUCUGAACAGCUGCAGGCAAGCCAGCUUAUUCAAGGCCAGUCGACCUACAGCGAGCCUGCAACCCAGGCUCCCCGUUUUCAACCUACAGGUCGCCAUAUACUAGCAUCAUCUGACAAGGAGGACGACUUCGGUGUCCGCGUGACUCCAUACCUGGCUGGUUGCGCGUCCAGCUGUCGAUGCUCGUGCCAUUGUUCUCAAAAAUCGUCGACCCCAAGCAUCCUCAACGGCCUGAUCGGUCGCCUAUUCAUCGGAUAUGCCGGACUGUCCAUAAUCAGCUCAAAGCCAAUUGCUGCAAACGACAACAGUCCUCGUAUGAAAGCCUGUCACUUCUUACUCGAAGGUGGUCUUGCCGAUACUGCAGUCGAUGCUCUUAGAGCCAUUACCAAAGGCAGCGAGUACCUACGCGAUUUCAUCGACGACUCAAAUUUCACGCAAGCCCAUCGAAUUGUACUUGGUUUAUCGAUGCAGAAUCUCGAGAAGAGCCUUCUCCUUAGCCCUCAAGACGUCAAUCAGCAGGAUGCUAUGGGGCGUACAGCUUUGGCCUGGGCCGCUGCCCGUGGGGACGCCCGUUCCGUCGUCACUCUAUUGAGCACGGUGCGGACCCAAACAUCACAGACGUACAACUUGCAGUUUCUCUUGGAUGCUGGCGCGGAUCCUGACCCGGUGGCUCCUGAUGGUGUCAAGAGAGGCAGCCCGCUGAACGUUGCUGCAAGAAAUGCCAAGGACCCCUUGCUGGUCAAGAAGCUGCUGGACUUUGGUGCGCACGUAGACCAGAGUUCGGUGGAUGGCAAAACGGCUCUGAUUCACGCGGCAAAGAAUAACAACGCAAGCUUGACGAUGCUGCUACUCGAACAUGGCGCCAAAGUGAAUGCCACGUCGAUUAGUGGAGAUACGCCAUUGACUACAGCAAUCACCCAUAACAGCCACGGGGGUGCCGAAUUUGCUAAAAGUAUCGGCACUCUAUGCCGAUUGCGACACAAUGCGGAUCUGGCAAAUACUGAGCAUUUUCGGUCGCGAAAAGACAAGCGAUAUACGUUGGGAGACUUUAAAGAUAAUCUCCGGCAGCGACCAGACGUGACAGACAAGCUCGUUCUGGCGUUCGACGAGCUGUUGAGCAUCUUCAACGAGGCACCUGUACCGGGACAAGACCCGGAGGGUCUUCUGGACGCUGGCUUCUUCAAGAGCCUGUCGCGCAAAUUGAAAUUUGAUGAAGGUUUCGCCCGCGAGACUUGCAGUGACGAGGAGUCGGACGACAGCUUUCAUGAUGCACAAGACUACGUACAGGUGGGUCAUGCAGAAAGGAGCAGAGCCGAAUCUCGUGUCUAUAUAGCCUUUGGCCUCGCCAUCAAAGCCGCCAGAGCGCUGAUCACGGGGAAGAAGAAUGGUCUCUCCCUUCACGAACAUGUGGCCUACGCGGGCAUACGCGACUACCAAUCUGGGCUGUCAGCGGUUGCUAUACAGAACCUGCUGCCGUUGACAUCCAAGGUAUGCUUGAGAUUCGCCAAGAAGCAUGCACUCCCCUUCGAGACCGUAAGCCUUCCAGAUGCCACCAUUGCACUUCGAAUUGGGCCGCCCAACGCCAAGAAGGCUGUUGUCUUCUUCCAUGGCGGCGGCUACAUGGCACCUGCGCUCAGCGAGCAUGCCUCUUUUGCAACUGGCUACGGCACAUGCACGACUCCAGACGUCGCAGUCUAUGUCCUGCAGUAUGGCCUGGCAUCAGAGACGGCCAACCAUUACCCUCGCCAGCUCCAGCAAGCCGUCCAUCUAAUGAGGCACCUCCUCGUGACGCAACAGAUGUCGCCGGGGUCCAUCACCUUGGUUGGAGAUUCAGCAGGCGCCCAUCUCCUGCUCGGCCUGCUCCUGCACCUGACCCACCCAAAUCCGCUGGUUCCGCAGCUAAAAUUGGACAGCCCUCUGUCGGGCGCGGUUCUGGUCUCGCCGUGGGUGCGGCUGCAAUCAACGGCAGGGUCUCUCAACGCAAACGGACAGAAGGACGUCUUGAGCGCUGCCUCGCUUGCAUACUGGGCCAAGAACUUCCUGGGGGACAGGGAGCUGCUCUUCGACGAUGCACAGGAGGUCUGCGAUGUCCUGCGACGACACUACGCCGACACAACAGCGCUGAAGUUCGAGGGCGAGCUCCACGGACACAUGAUCAUGAACCGCUUCCUCUACAUCCGAGCACCUUGCGAGUCGGAGAAGGCGUACGUGAAGUGGCUGGAUGACCAUCUCAACCAACAAUCUUACACGUUAGAUUAG